AUGCCCGAGAUAGUCCACAUCCCAGACCCCGCACCGCAGCACCUGCGCGCGCGCCCCCGCACGCAGCCCACCGUGCUCACCGUUGCCGGUUCGGACUCCAGCGGCGGCGCCGGCAUCGAGGCCGACAUCAAAACAAUCACCAUGCACGGCUGCUACGCCAUGACCUGCAUCUCCGCCAUCACCGCCCAGACGCCGCGCGCCGUCGAUGCCGUUCGGGCUACGCCCGCGCCCUUGCUGGCCGCGGUUCUCCGCGGCCUCUUCCGCGACAUGGCCGUCGACGCCAUCAAGACAGGCAUGCUCACCCCCGCCGCCGUGGACUGCCUGCUCGCCGCCCUCCGCGACCACCGCUUCGCCGGUCCGCUCGUCGUCGACCCCGUCAUGGCCGCCUCCUCCGGCUCGCCGCUCACAGAUCUCGCCGGCCCCGCCGCCCGCGCUCUGCUCCGCCGCGCCGCCCUUGUCACUCCAAACGUCCCGGAAGCUUGCCGCCUACUCGCCGCCCAGCCCCCGGCCUCGCCAGACGGCCUCGUCUCUCUGGCACAGGCUCUCGCCCGUGACCUCUCUACUGCGGUCCUGCUUAAGGGCGGCCACUGCCCCUACCCGCCCGACGCUGUGCUGGACGUGCUGGUUGACCCAGCUGACCCGGCUGGCCCGGUGACGUUUUGUGCCCGCCGCCUGUCCACCCCGCACACGCACGGCACCGGUUGUACAUUGGCCGCCGCGAUAGCCGCCAACCUCUCCCGUGCCAUGUCGCUACGGGAAGCCGUUUACCGCGGGAUCAUCUUCGUGCACCAUGCCAUCGCGCUCCAGCCUGAGCGCAGCGUCUGUGCCCUCCCGGAGAACGGACCUGUGCACCACGCCUACGCCCUGAACCUGUCGUCCCCAGCGACCGCCCCCGAAGCUUCGAGAAAGGCAACUUGCCCAGAUACGGCAACACCCACUCCUCCUUUAUGA